GCGGCCGCGUGUAGCGGGCGGAGGCCGCGCAGGCAGUGGGUGACGGGCCGCUGUGAAGGGCGGGUUGGUGAGAUUCUCCCUCUCCGCACCCUGCCGGAGAUGUCCGGUGCGAAGGAGAAGAAGCGGGCCAAGAAGAUGAGGAACCAGCCGGCCAGCGUCACGCUUCCCGCUGAGCCGGGGCCCUUCCCCGACGGCGGGAGCAGAGCCUGCCUGCCCCCAGGAGACAUUCAUUGUGAGCAGCAGUAUCAGCAGCAGAAAUUUUCAAACCAGUCAUCUGGGCCUUCUUACAGGAAAGACCAGUAUUUUCCAAAAGGGCAAAAUAGAGGAGAGAGAGGGAGAGGAAGAGGAGGAUGGCAAGGAGGACGCCAGAGUGUUUCUGAGGAAAUACCAAAAUACAUAACAGUGUCUGCCUUUGCUCAAGCUCGUGCUGCUGAGAUCAAUGCCAUGUUGAAAGCAGUUGCGCAGAAGUCUUCAAACUCUUUGGUUUUCCAGACUCUACCUAGGCACAUGCGAAGGCGAGCUAUGAGUCACAAUAUUAAACGACUACCCAGGCGGCUCCAAGAGAUUGCCAAGAAAGAGGCAGAGAAAGCUGUACAUCAGAAAAAAGAACAGUCGAAGACUAAAUGCCGCAAAGCUAGAAGGCGCCACAUAAAUUUGGUAGCAGAGUUUAAUCGUAGGCAAAGAAAGAAUAUUUGGCUGGAAACGCAUAUUUGGCACGCAAAGAGAUUUCAUAUGGUAAAGAAAUGGGGAUAUUGUUUAGGAGAUAGCCCUACGGAGAAGUGCUACAGGGCUUGUUACCGAGCCAUGACAAACCACUGCCUUCUUCAGGACUUAUCAUAUUAUUGUUGCCUGGAGUUGACUGGUAAAGAGAAUGAACUUCUGAAGCAACUUGCUCGAAUAUGUAGCAUUGACACAGGAUUAACAUUUGAAGAGGCUUGUUGUCUGUCUGGAAGAUUCGAGGGUUCCCUGAAUCUUUACCAAGCAGAUCGCUAUCCUGAGGAUAUGCUUGGUCCCGUUACAUUUAUUUGGAAACCCAGGGGUGUCUCUGAAAACAGACAGUUAUGGAUCUGGAUGCAUCCAGCUCUCAAACAGGACAUACUGAGAGAGUUAAAAGCAAUUUUUCAGUGUACAGAGCCUCAAGACAUCUAUAUUCCUGAGCCUGUUACAACAUCAAUUCAAGAGGAAAAACAAAUGGAUGUUGUUCUCAGCCUUGGCAAGAAAAGGAAGAAGGAGGAUAAAGAAGGAGAAAGAGCUGUGCCAGUGAAAAAAAUAAUUGGUGAUGGCACUAGAGAUCCAUUCCAGUCCUACUCUUGGAUCUCGCAGACUACUGGCAUUGUGAUCAGUGAUAGAACUAUGGAGAUUCUCAGAUACCGUCUGAUUGGCCCAUUAUCACACUCCAUCCUUACAGGGACCUUGAAAGCUGCUUCUCUCCAAACAGAGAUGGCAGAUUCAGAGACAGAACUGAAUAACUGGUGGGUAGAAAACUGCAAGGACUCUGAAAAAGUAUCUCUUCAUCAACGUCAAAGCGCAAUCUUUGAGCUAUUAGAAGGGAUAAGUUCGCCAUCAGAAUUGCCACCAGGUACAAUACUGGGCCUCACUGUUGGAGAUCCUCGAGUGAAUUUGCCAAAAAAGAAGACAAAAGCCAUGCCAGACUUUGAAAAAUACCAAGAUAAUGAUAAAGUUAGGCAGCUGUACCUGGAGGGUGUGCCUGUAGACUGUGCUCACAGCUUUAUCUGGGACCAGGACAUCUGUAAGAACGUCACUGAAAAUAAAAUCUCAGAGCAGGAUUUAAACCAUAUGAGAGCUCAGUUACUGGUACCUGGAUCACACCUUGAUUUGGGCCCUCGUGAAUCUAAGAUUCCCAUACUGUUGGUGCAGCAGCCAGGGAAAAUGGCUGGAGAAGAUCUACCAGGAUGGGGGAGCGGCUGGGAUAUCUAUCUCCCAAAGGGCUGGGGCAUGGCCUUCUGGAUUCCUUUUAUAUAUCAAGGUGUACGAGUUGGUGGCUUGCAAGAGGCUUUAAAGCAUUCUGAGUAUCAAAGAACACCUCACACUCCAAAUGAUUUCCCAGACUGCCAGGCAGGAAAGCAGUUUGCCAAAGAACUGGAAACCAGUCUUCUUGAAAAAUUCAAACGACGUCCACCUGCAAAAAGGGCAAAUUAUGUCAAGCUGGGCACUCUGUCCCCUUUCAUCUGUCCUUGGGGACAGCUGACGAAGAACUGGGAAGGGAGAAUGAAAGCUUCAGGAGAAUCUGUACAUUCCCCACACGCUGAGUGCUGUGCAACUGAAGACCACCGCUUUUGUGACCCCAAAGCAGAAGUGGUCAAAGAAGCUUCCUCUGAGACUGGUGAGAUAGAGGAGACUGUUGGAAUAACAAGCUCUGAAGCUGUCCUAAAGACAGAUGGUGUUACAGGCGCCCAAGACUUUGGUGAGAGAGAUGAAUCUAUGACAACAAGUGACUUUAUUGUUCUCAGGAGUGAGAAACUACUAAAGCAGUUAUCAGCCUGGUGCUAUCCCACUGCUGGAAAAGAUCGGCGAGUCCGCCUUAUUUCUCGACUGGGACAGAAGGAAAUGACUCAAGAUGUCUUUUUGCCAAUCUUGAUGAGCUACCCAAGGGCUCUUGUAUGGGUCAAGUUGACCCUCUUGAGAAAGGGGAACCCAGAGUUACAUGCCAUGAUUUGCAUCCCAACAGAAGAUGACUUGCUGCAUCUAAGCAAAGACAAACUCUUCUGUGGUCCUCAGGAACCCACACAUCAUGACAUAUUCAAGCAUAAGGUACAGAAGCUAAAAGAGGAGAAAAAGAAGAAGAAAAAGGAUAACACAAAGGGUCUAGAAAGUGACCCCCUGAGCGUUCCAGAUAAAGAAACAACUGAGGAACAUGAAGACCUCAUUCUUGGUCUUUGGUCAGAUGUUCUCCCAGAUGUUACUUCCCACUGUUCGAGAACUCUCUUGGGAUAUGUCAGUCGAGGGGAUUUUUCGUUGGCUGUGGGCUGUGGAGAAGCACUGGGUUUUGUUAGCUUGACGGGGUUACUUUAUAUGUUACACAACCAGCCAGCAGAUAAAAAAGGGCUUGUUUUGUUAAGAACUCCAGCAUCUUUACAGUACAGAUUUGCAAGACUUAAUAUUGAGGUUUAAGUAUCAUUGCAAUGCAGUAGAAUGCCAAAAAUACCAAAGAAUGUCGGUUUUGUCUUUUGUGGCCUUUCUGUCUCAAAUUUGAGGUGAUUCUGAGCCCCAAUAACGUCCGGAGGAUUAUGAAAUAAUUAAAAAGCUUUGUAGCAUUAUUCAUGAAAAUAACUAAUGCAUAAACAGACCUAGUAUUACGUCUGAUGUCCGCAUUGCUAAGGAUUUCUAACGUGAAUGCAUCCAUUAUUAUGAUCUUCUUUAGAGAUAAAGAAGCAUAUUGUUCAUUUUUCACCUUAGAGCAGUGGAUGCUAUAACAAUACACAGAAAAUCAUUAUUUUCCUUUUAGAAAUCUUUUGGUCAGGUGGAUUCUAACUUUCCAGUGCAUUGUUCACAUGUAAGUGCAUGCGAUGUGGUACGGUGUAUGUAGCAAGUGGCUUUUCCCGAUUCUUCGUGUCUGAAUGCAUGUGGCUGCAGUGGAACGGAGCAAAAUGGACAAAUCUAUUAAGAAAGCAGAAGGGUACUUACUUUGGUGGAAAAGCGCUGUGCUUAAAUGAAAUGCAAAUAAAAUAUAGCCUGGCUGUAUAAUCUUGAAUUAUAGCAAUUGGAGCUCUUAAAUUGGAAAGCUUAUCAGUCUCUCUCUCUAGUCUGAGAGAGAAAACCCUAUUUUUGAAAAGUAAUAAGCCUUUCAGAUGCAAAUUGCUGUUGGUGGGUCAGCAUACAUUCUGUUAAUAAUGGGAUAUUUUGGUUCCUUAAAACAUGAGGUUAUUUUUGUAUGGAAUGUGCUAGGAUUGAAAGUUUCUUCAUUUUACUGUAUGGUUUAGGAGUGUUCGAAUUCGUAAAACUUGUAUGCUGGAGGGGUGAGGGGAGAAAGGUGUUUGAUUUGACUGGGGUGAGGUGGGUUGAUUUGUUCGUUUUGGUGUUUUGUUGGGGCUUUUUUAAAUGAUAGCCUUAAGCUUCUAGCCAUUCUUGAGUUAAGCAGCCUGAAAACAAGUUUACAAUAAUACACUGUAGUUUAGCAGCAGCAUGAUACAAAUCUGUACCAGUUGGUAAAAUUACCCUGAAAUGAUCAUGUACAAAUAAAAAUCUAAUCUAUUCUUGAUUCGGGAAUCUACUGAUUUAGCUUGAUUCUUUUAAGAAAUUAAAUAUGGAUCAGUUAAUGACUUAGUCUUUCUAAGUAUCAGUCUGCAUAUUAAUUCCCUCAUUCACGGUUUUGUUUGAAAAAGUCUUAGGUGAAUAGGUUAAUGUUGUUUGAAGUUGUUUGUUGGAGGAAGGAUUUAGAGUACCUUACCUCCACAAUUAUUAAAAUUUAGGGUCAUUGGUGGAUUAAACGUGGCACACACAUAGAAUCAUAGAAUUGUCUAUGUUAGAAGGGACUUUCAGAUCAUCUAGUCCAACCAUCAACCUAACUCUGACAAAAACCAUCACUAAACCGUAUCUCUAAGCACUAAGUCUACCUGUCUUUUAAAUACCUCCAGGGAUGGUGCCUCAACCGCUUCCCUGGGCAGCCUGUUCCAAUGCUAAAUAACACUUCCAGUGUAAAAUGUUUUCCUAAUAUCCAGUCUAAACUCCGCUGCUGCAACUUGAGGCCAUUUCCUCUUGUCCUGUUGCCUCUUACUUGGGAGAAGAGACCGACCCCCACCUCUCUACAGCCUGCUUUCAGGUAGUUGUAGAGAGCGAUAAGGUCUCCCCUCAGCCUCCUUUUCUCCAGGCUGAACAUCCCCAGCUCCCUCAGCCGCUCCUCAUAAGACUUGUUCUCCAGACCCCUUGCCAGCUUCAUUACUCUUCUCUGGACCUGCUCCAGCACCUCAGUGUCUUUUCCAAAACUGGACACGGUACUUGAGGUGGGGCCUCACCAGUGCCGAGUACAGGGGGAAGGAGGGAGACCAUCUCUGAUCACAAGGGAAGUAUGAAAAGUGGAGCUGGAUUAUUUUUUUUGAAGUCUUCUGAAGUCCGAUUUAGAAAUCACAUGCCAGUUGGAGUUAUGGCAGCAUGUGGGACGGAAGGACGCAGCCUCCAACACAGCUUGGACCGCAGCUCCAUGAGAAAUCAUGCCUAAUGGCUCCAGCAUCGCUCACCUUUGAUGCACCUGAUAAAGCAAUCAUCGUGCCAGAAAGGUCCCGAGAAGCAUCUGCGCGAAAGCCGGCAGAUGGCCCCAGAGGAAAAAGCUUGGUGCUGCGCGGGGCUGGGAUUCACACGCUCCUCGCCCGGUGACUGUGAGCACGGCAGCCUGGAGGUAUCUGUGAAUAAGGAGCCCCUUAAACAUUACAGCCUGGCUGCUCCGAUCCAGUUCUCUCGUGGUAAUAAUCCUGUAUUUAAUGAACAUUUUGAAUUGUGAGCCUGAUUGAAAUAUUUCUAGGAUCAGAGUUUCCAGAGCUCUGCUUCAUGGGAAGAAAGGAGGGGAGGUGAUGUUUAUAUGGCUUUUUCCCCGCUUCGCCUCCCUCAUCUUCUUAGUAGAUGCAUAUUUUCUUGCCUCACUAGACCUGGCUUGUAUGUGAGAAAGAAAGAGGAGAAGCCCCCCACCCAAGCUAUCAUUUUUUCUUUUCUGCUUGUAGAUCUUUUGUCCACUGAAUCUUUCCCAGGUUUUUAUUUUUUUAAAAAACAUCUGGAGUCUUUUUUCUUUUCCUCCUAUUGGUAAUUUCUGCCAGGUUUUCAUUUCGACACUUCCUGUUACUUUUCUUUGAUUUCCAUUCCCUAUUUCUGAUUUAUGAUCCUUCUCUCUGGUGAGCCAGUGAACAGAAACUGGAAUCCAAGUGCAUCCUGUUCUGUAUAUCUUGUAAUAUUGUUACACAGUUGUUUUCCUUUAAGUCAAUGAUUUAUGCCUUAAGACUUCACUCUCCUUGUAAAAUAUACUGCAAGCCCGAUAAGUUAAAAAUGCUCAAAACUCUCAGCCAAAGUUUGUCAGAAAAAUACUGUGACUUUAUGUAGCUGCAAGGAAAUUUUUAUCUGUGGUUGGGAUUUCCAGAUUCUGAGUGU